AUGGGGCGCGGCAGGGGCGAGGGCGGCAAGGGGGAGGGCGGCAAGGGCUCGCGCGGCGGCGGCUGGCGGGCGGCGGGCGGCGACGCGGCCCCCGACCGUCAGCUGGAGGAGGAGAUCUUCGGCUCGCCGCCGAGGAGGGAGAAGGAGGCGGGCGGGGCGGAGGGCGGCGCGUCGCGCGCCGGCGGCACGGCGAGCGUGACGGGCGGCGACGCGCCGGCCGCCGUCAGCUCGUUCGAAGAGCUCGAGUUUCCGGCGGCGGUGCAGUCGAACAUGCAGCGCGCCGGCUACACGAAGCCGACCGCGCUGCAGCAGUACGUCCUCCCGGCGGCGCUGCUCGGGAAAAACGUGAUGGUGACGGGCGCCAUCACCGGCCGGUGCGGCCGUGCGGCGUCCUACCUGCUGCCGACGGUGGCACGGCUGCUCUCCUCGGAGCUGCCGCCGCGCGACCGGCGGCAGGUAGCGCCGUCGGCGAUCGUCCUCUCCCCGACGCGAGAGCUAGCGCAGCAGGUCUUCGCCGAGGCGCGCAAGGCGUGCUACGGCGCGGGAGUGCGGCCGGUGGCCUGCUUCGGGGGCGCGCCGCUCGUCGACCAGCUGCGCGAGCUCGAGCGCGGCUGCGAGCUGCUCGUCGCGACGCCGGGCAGGCUGGGCGACCUGAUGGAGAGAUCGCGUGUGGUCACCUCCUCGGUUGCAGUGCUCGUCCUCGACGAGGCGGACCCCGGCUGCUCGACAUUGGCUUCUCGAGCGAACGAACCUGUUGACCUCUCCAUCCAUGAACAGGCGGACCGGAUGCUCGACAUGGGCUUCGAGCCGCAGAUCCGCAAGAUCGUGCUGCAGUCGGAGAUGCCGCCGGCCGAGGAGAGGCAGACGCUCGUCUUCUCCGCCACGCACCCGCCCGAGAUGAAGGCGCUCGCGCUCGACUGCGGCCGCGACUAUGUCUCGCUCACCGCCGGGCCAGGCGCCGUGGCGGGAGAGCACGUCGCGCAGCGGAUGGAGCGAGACGGCGUGCUGAUUCAGCUCGUCGAGGCGUCCAAGGAGGAGGGCCACCUCCCGCCCACCCUGGUCUUCGUGUCCUCCAAGCGGCGCGCCGAGGCGCUCGACCAGAAGCUGCACGCCCGCGGCAUCGACGCGAGCUCGCUGCACGGAGAGGAGCGAGACGAGGCGCUCGCGGCCUUCGUCUCGGGGCAGACCAGCCUGCUCCUCGCCACCGACGCCGCCGUGCGCGGCGUCGACGUCCCAGACGUCGCUCACGUCGUCAACUUCGACUUCCCGUCCGACGUCGACGCCUACCUCCACCGCAUCGGCCGCACCGGCCGCGCCGGCGCCAAGGGCCUCGCAACCUCCUUCGUCAACGAGCAGGUGGCGCGGGUGGAGCUCGAGUCGCUGGCCGCAGUCUUCAAGGAGUCGGGUGACGAGGUGCCGCCGUGGUUUAACGAGCUGCUGACGCCGCCGCGCGGAGGCGGUGGCGGCGGCGGCGGAGGUGGCGGCGGAGGUGGCGGAGGCGGAGGUGGCGGCGGAGGUGGUGGUGGUGGCGGCGGCGGCAGCGGUGGCGGCGGGGGUGGCGGCGGCAAGGGCAAGGGCGGACGCGGCAAGGGCAAGGGCAAGGGCGGCGGAAGCAGGGGCUCGCAAUGGGGCCGUGGCGGUGGGGCGGAUCGGGGGGGGGAGCGUUGGUAG